GGUGGAGGGGUUGUACUGGGCCGUACUGGGCCGUACUGGGCUGGGAGGGUUCGGGCGGUUUUGGGCCCGGAUCGCCACCGUUAUGGAGCGGUUCGUGGAGGGGAACCGGGCGGUUUUGCAGGAGCACAUCCAGUGUCACCAGGAGAUCCACGUCGUGAUGGGCAACGAGGCCUGUGACCUGGACUCCACCGUCUCAGCCCUGGCUCUGGCUUAUUUCCUGGCGAAGACCUCCCCGGCUCCCAAAGCUGCCUUCAUUCCGGUCCUGAACAUCCCUCGUGCCGACUUUGCCCUCCGGACGGAGACGACAUUCCUGCUGCAGGAGCAGGGCAUCCCCGCCACCUCCCUCAUCUUUCGGGAUGAGAUUGACCUGGGGGGGCUACACCACGCUGGGCUGCUCUCCCUGACCCUGGUCGAUCACCACGUCCUGCCCGGCGCCGACACAGCCCUGGAAGAGGCUGUGGUGGAGGUCCUCGAUCACCGGCCAUUGGAACGGGACCGGGCUCCUGGCUGCCAGGUGACAGCAGAGCUGGUGGGCUCCUGCGCCACACUAGUGACGGAGCGGAUCGCCCAAGGUCCCCCAGGUGUGCUGGACAGAACCACGGCCGCACUGCUGCAUGGCACCAUCUUGCUGGACUGCGUGAACCUGAGCCCGGCCGCUGGCAAGGUGACGCCCAGGGACGUGGCAUGCGUCUCCAUGCUCGAGGCGAGGUUCCCUGAGCUGCUGGCCCGUGAUGCCAUCUUCGAAGCCCUGCAAGCAGCCAAAUUUGACGUCUCAGGGCUGAUGACAGAGCAGAUGCUACGGAAGGACCUCAAAGUCCUCUCCAGUGAUGAGCUGGUCCUCGCCGUCAGUGCCAUCUACGUUGACUUGGAGACCUUCCUGUGCCGGCCUGGCUUUCUGCAGGACCUGGAUGCUUUCUGCCAGGCUCGGGGCUACACAGGGUUGGUGGCUAUGACGAUCUCUUCUAAUGAGCGCAAUGAGCCCUCCCGGCAGCUCAUGGUCUACAGCUGGUGUGAGACCCUCCGCAGCACGGUGUGCCGGGCGCUGGAAGAGGCAACGACGCCGUCCCUGCACCUCCAGCCCCUCCCGAGCCCCUGGUCCUGUGUGGGCGCCUAUGCCCAGGGCAACACUUUGGCAUCACGGAAGAAGGUCCUGCCCAUCCUGCGGGCAGCUCUGGGGGGGCCGGGAGCUGCCAGGGGGCCGGAGGAGGAGGUGGUCCCGCCGCCCACCCCCAUGAACAGCCUGGUGGAGGAAUGUCCACUGGCACAGGCCGUGCCCCCCCUCUGCCCCCACGAUGUCCUGGAGCGGGUCAGCCGCAUUGCUGCUGGGCAGCCCCCCAGCUCCCCGAAAUGAGAACAGGCACCCAGCAGCUUUUGGGGCUGUACAAGGAGGUAGGGUCCCUGGGCAGGUCCCGACAGGGUGCCCAGGCGUGGCAGGGUGGCAGCUGCCUUCAUUAGAGCUUGGCUCCCUGCUGGAGAUGGGUCCUCGUCGCAAUUUGCCCCCCCCUCCGAUGGGAUCCCCCCACCCCAACAGCCCCGCUGGGGUUUGGUCCUCCAGGGUGUGUGUUUUGGGACCCUGCGGGUAGUGGGGCUGGAGCAGCACUCAUCGCACCCACUUAACGAAGGCGCUGGGGGUGUCAACAAGUUCUUGCCGUUCUUCCUCCCUUGGGGGGGGCUGCGGGGGGCCCCAGAUGGUGGGUCUGUAUGCGCAGCCAGCCCGGGACUGUCACCCAUGUGGUCCAAGGAUUAAAUUUCCCUCUUUUCUUCCA